UGGGCUCCACAUCCCUAGGUCUUCCCCCAUACUGGCGUGUUUUCCUGCGUCCCCGCGCGGGCUCAGGCUCUGCUCUGUUUGGAGUUGAGCGUCUUUUGGAUACGAGAGGCAAUCAGACAAAGCCCACCCGGCCCUUCUGCUCUCCGCAGCCUAGAAGUGGAGGCCGAAAAUAACUCCAGUCGUGUGUGCUGAAGAGUAGGUCGGCACUAGAUAGACGGCAGACCAGAGAGAGAGGACCUCGGGGAUCGGUUACCAGAUCCGGAAACCUAGAGUCCUCCCUGAGUCGUCUCUCUGUUUCACUCCCAGCUGAUCACUAAAUCGGGCGGAUUGUACCUCCUUUUUCAACUAGCGUGUGUUUCCGUCCAACGGCAACUCUAGUGAAGGUCACUGUCAUGUCUUCCCAGGACUAUUCCGAGUCCUCUUUGCUGCUUCCAGUCUUGGUAAAGAUUCCUCCUGGCUCGAGUCUGCCAAGAUCUUUGUAUGACGUCUUUCUAGCUGUGCCAUUCCUCUGCUUAGAACGUGACAGCCGCUCCCACUAUUCUGAAGACAGGAGGAGCCUAAUGCCCAGAACUUCUAACUGAUUUUUCAGUAUGGCUGCAGCCCCACAAGCACCAGGGAGGGGCUCCGUACGGAAGACGAGACCUCCACCUGUGAAGACGUCACUGAACAACCCGUACAGCAUCUGCUGGGGCGCCCUGGACAGGGAGGACAUGCACUUCAUACUGCAGACCCUGGAGGACAGAAUUCAGUCUCUCGGGCUUCAGAAGAUUGAGGAUAGGAAGAGAAAGAAAAAGCAGCUCCCUUUGAAAAAACAAAGUGGAGACACGAGCAGCAUAGACGUGGACACUGGUGAGGAUCUGAAGAAAGAAAAGCCCGAAGGUGAUGCCCAGGUGUCAGGGUGGACCCCGGCUGACGUCAGGAAGCAGCUUGCUAUCGGCAUCAACGAGGUCACCAGGGCACUAGAGAGGAACGAGCUGCUCUUGGCCUUGGCGUGUAAGUCUGCCAAGCCAGCCAUCAUGACCUCACACCUGGUGCAGCUGAGCAUCAGCAGAGGUGUCCCCGCCUGCCAGGUUCCCCGGCUAAGCGAGAGGCUCGCACCUGUCCUGGGCUUAAAAUGUGUCCUGGCCUUGGGGUUCAAGAGGAACACUACUGCCUUUGGGGAGGAACUGAGGGCCAUCCUCCCCAGAGUCCCUCGUCUGAAUGUGGCAUGGCUCCAGGAUGCACUCGAAGACCCCAGGGAGAACCUGCAGACAGAAUCUUUGGAAAGCCAAGAUGAAGAGAUUCUGGACACUUCCUUUGGAGACCUCUCUAAACCCAAGAGAAAGCUUGCUGAGGGUCAGCAGGCUGUAGUGUUACAACCCCUGAAAAUAAAGAAACUGAUUCCAAACCCCAAUAAGAUAAGGAAGCCACCCAAAAGUAAAAGAACGGCUUCAAAGUAAUCUUGUGUAAACCUGUCACUUGAUACAGUUCAGUUGUAAACACCACCUCCUUAAGAAGCCUUAAAAUGAAUAAAA